GCUGCUCCUCUUCAGCACCCAUCGAUGGUGUGUUGAAGCAAAUGACUGUUCCAUCCUCUGCCACACCAAAGCAAGCGGCAUCCAGCGGCCAUCAACAGCCACCGGCUAGCGUUACGCCAAGGCCGAUGAAGAUGAACGUUUCUCCAACGGCCGCGUCCCAGUCCACUGUUCACGGGAAAAUGGCACCUUCGGGUGGUGGUACGAAACCAGCUGCCAUGCAGCACGUCGUUGGAAGGGAAGUUUCCAUUGCCAGUACGUCUUCGGUACGCAAGUCGAUUCCUCACGCACAACAGCAGCAGCAGCAGCAGCAACCACUGACGUCUAAUGCUGGUGGCAGUAGCGUUCCUGUGGGGCUACAGACCCGUUCGACUUUAACCGGUGCCAAGGCAGACGGUGCAGCUGGCAUGUACCAUCAGCCGCCGAGCAAUCCGUCGCAGCGAACCGUGUCGAUGCCAGCCAACAACGUCGUGGGCAAAAUCCACGAAGGUGGAUAUAGUCAACCUCAUCAUCAUAUACAGCAGCAGCAGCAAGCACGCCUGCAAAAACAGCUUUCGUCCGACCAAUCGCAUCAGUCUCAGGAUGAUCCAAACUCAGUUAAACCGUCACAGCCACCGGAGCCGGUGGUUGGCGAAAAGCAACAGUCACAUCUCGAGCGUUCGUCGAAACUGCACCAACAGCAGGCGCAGCACAAGCAACCGACGCUAGCAAAGCAGCAGAAGCAGCAGCAGCAACAGCAGCAACAGCAGCAGGUGCAUCAGCAUCCGUCAAAGCUGCAGCAAAAAACACAGCAAAAGCAAACGCAGCAACAGAAGCAAUCGCAACCGUAUCAGCCUCAUCAGCCCGUAGUCAGUAGCCAUCAGCAGCCGCAGCAGCAGAAGACAGCGACAGCGGCGGCGGCAGCGGCAGCAGCUGCGGCAGCAACCACCGUCGCAAUGCUAGCGCAACAGCACUACCAUCCAUCGCCGGCGGUUGCCGCAGCGUCGCAGGCGCUUGCUCAGCUAACCUCUCCGCCGCCUAGUCUACCACCAGGGCCGACACCACUAUCCGCCAACCAUCACCUCCAUCUGCACCAUCAUGCACAUCCGCAUCAGACGCAGCAGCAGCAGCAACCACCGCCGCAGCAUCAGCAGCAUUCUUCCAUCGUACCGAUGGGUGGAAAUGGGUUUGGCAUGACUGCCGGUCAGCUUCAACAGCAGCACCGCCAGCAGCAACAGCAACAGCAGCAGCAGCAGCAGCAUCAUCAGCAACACCAGCAGCAGUAUCUCCAGCAGCGUCAGCACCACCAUCAGCUGCCGCUUGCUGCCAAUCCGGCUAGUGUUGGUCCGCCAGCCUUACAAGCGCCGGCGGCGGCUCCAUUAGCUUCGAUGCUGUCCGCUCUGCACCACCCGGGACAGCAACACCCGCAGCAGCAGCCACCGCAACAGCAUCUUCCUCAUAUGCACCAUCAUAAGCAGCAUCAGCAGCAACAACCGUGCCAACCGCAUCCACAACUAGCGCAACAGCAACCACAGUCGCAUCAGCACCAGCAACAACAGAUUUAUCAGUUCCAUCAGCUGCAGCAGCAGCACCACCAGCACCAGCAUCAGCACCAGCAUCUACACCAGCAUCAGCAUCAGCAUCAUCAUCAACACCACCAUCAUCAUCUGCUGCAGCAGCACCAGCAGCAGCACCAGCAACAGCAACAGCAUCCUCCACAGGCGCCACCGCCGUCGCAGCAACCACCGCAACAGUCGCAAUACCAUCAUCACCUGGCGCAUCAAGGACAACACGCUCCGCCAGCUGCCUCGCAUCAGCAUCAGCAGCAUCAGCAGCAGCAACAACAGCCGGUAGCGGCGGCACCGGUUGCAACGGUCGCGGUUAACGCAUCCGCUUCCGCCGCCCACCAGCAGCAGCAGAGCAUCAACCUGAACGUCAACCAUCACGUCAUCUCGACCCCGAUCGUUGUCGACUUCUCCAACAUGACCGUCAACUGUGUGCAGCUGCAGGAGCCGCAGCAUCAUCCCAAUCCGAUUGCGGCGGCUGCGGCGGCGAUGGCAGCCGGGUAUGGGGCGGCUGCCGCCGCUGCCGCCUCGGUACCGUCCACCAUCGGUCGACCUGGUGCCAAGUGAGGGGGAGCAGAAAUUAUUCGCUGCUAAACACACAUCCGGCAUCCGCUUGGGAGCUACUGCUUGACAGACAUUGCUUUUCCCUACCAUGACCGACAUUUGCACCUCCUUCGUGGCUAGCGAAGCUGGCGGAUUUCCAUUGCGUACACACGGCAUGGUCUUUAUUGGCGCCUCCAUGCUAUACACCAUGCCAUCCUGCGUACCAUGGUUCCCAGCUCGAUCCAAUGUGUUCUUUUACGCCAGUUACCAAUGAGUAUCGUCGUCCAUUCCGUGGUGUUGACGCUCCGCAUCGGUAACGGGUGUAUUAUAUUUUUAGUUAAUUUUUCUCCCGUGGCCUAAAUCGAUUUCUCAUAUGCCAAACUCGUAACGCUCCGAUGCUGGAUAUUGUAUAUAAAACAAAAAGAAGGCGUAAGAAAUUACAAACACGCGCCACCCAAUUUUAUAAGAAGAUAUAUUUGAUUCCGUUUUGUUUAGUUGAUACACACAACUUUCGAUGAGCUUAAUAGACACAAUUCGCUUAGGUUUUUCUUUUUAGCUCCUAUGCACAGGUUAGCGUUUGCGUUUUGAACAUUCGGUCCGUGUUGGAUCAUCAUCAUGACAUGGCUCUGGUGACUAGGUGUAUGUCUUCUUCUUGUUGUUGACGCAACGAUCGUCUUCUGGUCAUGUCAGCCCGUUUACGGGCCUACCAGACUUUUUCCCUUUGCGUACGUGGAUAGUCAGUCCUCUCGUACAGGGGAUGGUUGAGGUGCUCGACGCUCUAGGUGACUAGGUGUAUGUAUAAAGCAUGUACAGUCUGCAGCAAGUAAAAUCGGACGCUCGUAAAA